AUGAGAAUCACCCAUUAUAUUUUCCAGGCACGUAGCUUACUGUCAUUCACCUUACUUGCACAAGGUUCUUAUUCUCUUUUUGCAUGUGAAACGCUUGCUUUUUUAAAUACACACAGGAUGGCAUUAAAACUCUACAAGGCUCCUGUGAGCGGCACCCUCACUCAACGACUUCGAAGAAUGCGAAACGCCAAACGGAUUGCUGCCGCACGUACAAGAUUUCUAGGUCUGCAAUUGGCUCGUCGUGAUAUUGAGAACCAACAACUGUCUCGCGAUCAAGAGGUCAUUGAACAUCUGAUGGAGAACCCAUACGAGCCCGAAUCAGGUACCAGUGGCAAUCACACAAGCCCCGACACACUGGAUGACGAGUGGUUAACGUUAGUUGCGCCCCUUGAUGAAGACGACGACCUUGAUCGAGCGAUCGAAGCAGACAAGGAGCGUUGGCGACAGGAAGCCCAGCAAUUCAACUGGACAAGCGUUAUGGACCAACUGUUUGCGGUGUACAUCGACCUGAAGGGCCGCACAAAGAACUGGUCUGGUCAAAAUGCGUAUACUCCUUUUGUUAGAUGCAACUGUCUUCCACAAGAAAAGAGAAGUCGCUUUGUGGACAUGGUGGAUAUAUUCAGUAAGUCCCCAUGA